AUGAGUGAAACUUUAACUGUCGAUGAACUCUGUAAAAAGUUCGAGGAAGAUUUAAAGACUCCAUUACCUGCAGAAACUUACAAGUCUGUUAUUGAUGAUUUAUUUGAGGAAGCAAAAAAUGGAAAAAUUACAGCAGAUGGUGAUAAGAUAAGAACACUUGUCGAAAGAGCGACAAAAGAUCAUUCGGAAACAAGAGAAUAUUUGACUAAACUUGUCAUGGAGGACCCUGCUUUAACAUUCAAAUUGUUUAAACACGCCGAUAAUGCAGUUAUUUUAGUAAGACUCUUUGAUCAAGUAGAAGAAGCAGAACCUUAUUUACAACUACUAGAAUCGAGAAUUAGUACUCAAUCGAAAGCAGAUUUUAAAUUUACCGUACAAUCCUUAACAGCAUUAUAUCGUGAGUUUGGCUUCGACAUGGUAAAUGUGAAAGUUGUCCUAAGACCACUAUUGUUAAGAAUAUUGGAUACAGAAUCUGUAUUUGAUAUUGCCAUGCUUCUUGCACUAUUCUUAGAUAUCUAUGAAAAAGAAUUUGAAGAUGAGUAUUGCAAAGUCAUGGAAGAAUUGAUCAAUGAAGUGGAGAAUGGCUCAGAGGAAGAUAUUCUUACAAGCGUUGUUUGUUCGUUGAAUUAUACAUAUAUCACCAUGACAGCUGCUUGCACUUUUGUACUAAUGACCAAGAAAUUAAAUAAUCUAAUAAUGGCUAGGGUAUCCAAAGGUGACGACGAUCAAUUUAUUUAUAGAGUACUAGAUUUAUUGUCUGCCGCAUGUAUUGAUGAGACUAUCAGAGUCUUUAUUACUGAAAAUUAUUUAUCAAUGUUAGAACAAGCCUUACAAAAUGACAAAUUUCAACUUCAAAGUGCGUUGGUUUUAAUCAAGACAUGGUCAUUUACCAAGUUGACAAAUAUCAAUAUCCAAAAACUUGCAGAUAUAUUGUUAACUUGUUUUUUAAAAAAUUCAGAACAAAAAAAUAAACAAUUAGAUGUAGCAAUUGAAGGUUUGGCUUAUUUAAGUUUGAAGACUUCUGUCAAGAUUCUUUUAAGACAUACACCUCAAUUUAUUGAUGUCGUGGGAAAAGUAAUCGAAACACCUUUUAGUUAUGAAAAUAUUUAUGGGGUUCUUAUUAUGUUAGCCAACAUUACAUGUUCGCCUACAGAUGAUAACACAAUCAAUAAAUCAAUUAGAAAUAUAUCUGAUAUUAAUGAUAUGAGGAAUCCUGGUCUUUCUAACGAUAUCAAUGAAACAAUAAUUGAAGAUCCAACUGCAGUUACAAAAUUCAACAAAGAGUCUCUCCUUGACAACGAGUUAUUAUCUUGUUUUACCCAUUUUUACGAAAAUUACACACCAGGUUCUGCUAAGCAAUUAAUGAGAAUAAUUUAUAAUUUAACAAGAACAAAGUCACAUAUACCAAGAUGUGUCGAACAAGGUUCUAUUCCUUCCAUUUUAGAGUUUGUUCAUACUUAUAGAGCUGAUGGAAAAUUUGGUCAUGAUAUUGAUUUGGAUAUGUCCUAUAUGAGAUUAUUAGCUAUAAGGUCUUUAACUCAAAUGUUAAUUUAUACUGAUCCGAAUGUCAUAUUUCAUAAAAACUCACCACUAGAUGCUAUUUCUUGUCUAUUUGAAUUAUUACCGGUUGUUGAUACCUCGGAUUUAGGAGAAGAUAAUAAUAUAUUCAUGAAAUCUAACGAACAUAUAAAACCCGUUGAUAAAGUAGAAGCAUUAUGGUCGUUAACUAAUCUUGCAACAAUGAAUGGAUCAAUUGGUGAAGAAAUUUGUAAAACUAUUGCUACUAAUGACGAUUAUUGGGAAUGCAUUGAAAAUUUAUUAUUAGAUGAUACAAUGAUUAUACAAAGAUCAGCAUUAGAGUUACUUUGUAAUUUAAUGAGUUAUCCAAUCCAUGUUGCAUCAAAGAUUUUUAAUUUUGAAAACCCUCAAAGUUUACAUAAUUUCAAUAUUCUGGUUAAACUAAUAUUAUUAACAGAUGUAAAAUCACAAAGAGCUGUUGUUGCUGUCUUUGCCAAUAGUGCAAAUGCGAUUCCCUUCAUUGCUGGUGAAUUAUUGAAAAAAGAUGAAUUAAUCAAGAAUUGUAUGAAUAUAUUUGCUAAUCAAAUGGAUGAUGUACCUCUAAGACAGAGAUUUAUUAUGCUGUUCUAUGCAUUAUUUGAAAAUGCUCCAUCUCAAGGGGAAGAAGCUAUGAAAAAUUUCCAAAAAAUUUUAGAAUUUAAGGAAUGUGAAAAGUUUACAAAAGCAUUACAAGUUGCGCUGACAAGAGCAGACACAGAUCCAGAGUUCGGAGAUGUCAUACCUGCAAUUCAAGCUAGAUUUCAAAAAAGAGAAUGA